AUGGCCCGCGAUAAUAAGCGUAAGCACGCCGAAAACAAUACGCUCGCGGUCGGUGCUUUUCUCAAGCACCGCAACGACAAGGUCUGGCCUACGGGCUCCGCGAAAAUCACCCCAACCAGCAAAGAAGAUGAUAAGGGCUACAUUAAGAGCCCAGCCCCGGCCAAGCAGCUCAACAUCACGAAGCUAAGGGCUGCGUAUGCUGAGAGUCCGCUUAGGACGUUCGCCUCCAAAGAGGCUCGCGACCUCAAGAACAGGGUGGACUCCUUCAACGAGACUGCAAGUCUGCGCGAGCACAUCGAGAAGCUCGAAAAGGAGAACAAGAAACUCGACAACGACAAGAAGAAACUUUUCAACAAGAACAUGACGCUCAGCAACGAGAACAUGACGCUCUACGACGAGAAUAUGAUGCUCUACAACGAGAACAAGUGGCUUCGCUAG